CUCGAGGACCUGGACACGCUGGAACAAAGUCACCUGCUUCCGAGAUCAAGUUGCCGCAACGUGGAGACAACUCUCUGCGUGUGUGGGACAUCGAAGGAGCGUCUCCACGAAGAAGACCACAAACUGCCAGUGUCGGUGUCAGGAAAACAUCAGAUGAAGAUGGCGAUUUCUCAUUCUUGUCUCCAAGGAUAAGGAAUGUCGUUCUAGGUGAGGGGAAUAACGACGAGGUAGACUGUAAUAAUCUUCAUGGUGGUCGUGGUGUAGGUGCAGCCAGACAAUCAGGAACGAGAUAUCAUGCGAGGCCUGUAUGUGCUGUAGCAGAAUUAUUGUGCCCACGACCUCUUGGAGACAACGCAGCUUGGGAAAGCUCAACACCGGCUCGACGUGCUGUUCGGCAGGACCACAAUGACAAUAAGCUAGACCUCCGAUUUGACGUUCGAGACAUCGCGCGACCACGUAUUCGGUCUAGAUGGCGGACACGGACUACGGUAACAGACCCAUUAAUGCCAGAAUAUGAGGUGCCUGGGCAUACAACUCCUGGUGUGGUUACCAUUUCUCCGAGAGGAGGACCGAGGAGUAGAGGAGGUAGUGCAGUUGGUGUGGAUGAAGGGCAGGAGUAUCAUGGUAGCCGGCGAGGUCCGAAGGGUG